GCUGCUGGUUGAUUAUGUGCGGCUGACGCUCGGAAGUGACCCAUGUGUCUGACCUGCACCAAUACGCGAUCACCGGAUCGGCCCGUCCAACUCCCGUAGUGCGUUUCUUUCAGUCUUCAUAGGUUAUUGACGACAUACCGGCGCGUGUCAUCCGAUCAUGUCUAAAGACACGGAGGCCAAGAACGAGGAGAUUAUGGAGUCGAAGGUGCUUUGGUACCCGGACUCUAAACGAAACACACAAAUGGACCGAUUCCGGACUCAAGUGAACCAGGACUUCGGCUUGAAUCUGGCCAAUUAUAAUGACCUGUAUCAGUGGUCCGUGGACAGUUAUCCAGAGUUCUGGGCACAGGUUUGGAAAUUCUGUGGCAUCAUCUCUUCAGAGAUGUAUAAAGAGGUGGUUGAUGUGUCUAAAAGGAUAUCCGAUGUACCUGAGUGGUUUAAAGGCAGCAGACUGAAUUAUGCAGAGAACCUGCUCAAACACAAAGACCAGGACAAAGUGGCUCUCUAUGCUGCGACUGAGGCGAAUGAGGAGAUUGUCAAGGUGACUUUCGGAGAGCUGAGGCGUGAUGUCGCUCUCUUCGCUGCCGCCAUGAGGAAAAUGGGCAUCAAAACUGGAGACAGGGUCGUAGGAUAUCUUCCCAAUGGGAUUUUUGCUGUCGAAGCUAUGCUCGCUGCUGCCAGUAUAGGUGCCAUCUGGAGUUCAACCUCUCCAGAUUUUGGUGUCAAUGGAGUUCUAGACCGAUUUUCUCAGAUCCAGCCCAAGCUGAUAUUCUCAGUAGCAGCUGUUGUAUAUAACGGCAAGCAGCACGACCAUAUGGAGAAACUCCAAAACGUUGUUAAAGGUCUCCCUGACCUGAAGAAGGUUGUGGUCAUUCCAUACGUUCGCUCUCGACAAGAGACUGACCUCUCUAAGAUUCCCAACAGUGUGUUCCUGGAUGACUUCUUGGCCACGGGUAAAGAAGGGGAUCAGGACCCUCAGCUGGAGUUUGAGCAGCUGCCGUUCUCUCAUCCUCUCUUCAUCAUGUACUCUUCUGGCACCACAGGAGCUCCCAAGUGCAUGGUGCAUUCUGCUGGGGGCACUCUCAUCCAACAUCUUAAAGAACACAUUCUCCAUGGCAACAUGACCUACAAUGAUGUCAUCAUAUAUUACACUACGACGGGCUGGAUGAUGUGGAACUGGCUGGUGACUUCUCUAGCCGUUGGGGCUUCUGUGGUCCUGUAUGAUGGCUCCCCUCUUGUUCCCAGCGCCAAUGUGCUCUGGGACCUUGUAGACCGUCUGGGAAUCACGAUUUUUGGGACUGGAGCAAAAUGGCUGGCUGUGCUGGAGGAGAGAAAUCUGAAACCUGCAAACACACACAACCUGCAGACCCUCCACACACUCCUUUCUACAGGAUCUCCACUGAAGCCUCAGAGCUACGAGUAUGUGUACAGCUGUAUUAAGAACAAUGUGCUCCUGGGAUCCAUAUCAGGUGGCACAGACAUCAUUUCAUGCUUCAUGGGUCAGAACAUGACGGUGCCUGUUUACAGAGGGGAAAUUCAGGCCCGAAAUCUAGGCAUGGCCGUGGAGUCCUGGAACAUUGAAGGUAAACCUGUUUGGGGCGAGAGCGGGGAGCUGGUGUGUUUGAAGCCCAUCCCGUGCCAGCCCACUCAUUUCUGGAACGACGAGAAUGGCAGCAAAUACCACAAAGCCUACUUUUCUACCUUCCCAGGUGUCUGGGCCCAUGGUGAUUACUGUAAGAUAAAUCCAAAAACGGGAGGAGUCGUCAUGCUGGGGAGAAGUGAUGGAACCUUGAAUCCUAAUGGUGUUCGGUUUGGGAGCUCAGAAAUUUACAACAUUGUGGAAGCCUUUGAGGAAGUGUCGGACAGCCUUUGUGUCCCUCAGUACAACAGUGACGGAGAGGAACGGGUGAUUCUGUUCUUGAAGAUGGGACCUAAUAAGACCUUCAGUCAAGAGCUAGUGGGGAAGAUCCGCAGCGCUAUCAGAGUAGCUCUCUCUGCCCGACACGUACCAGCCUUGAUGCUGGAGACCAAAGACAUCCCGUACACUAUCAGCGGAAAGAAGGUCGAAGUUGCAGUAAAGCAGGUGAUCGCAGGUAAGGACGUCACUCAACGAGGGGCCUUCUCAAACCCAGACUCCUUGGACCUCUACAAGAACCUACCUGAGCUCCAGAACUUCUGAGCACCUGCUUGAGGUACAUCUGAACUCCUGAAAGUCCUGUGUUUCUGGGUGCCUGUGAAGGGUUCAGAGUCUCUGGACGCAACUUUGGACCAUCUGGAGGAAUUUCUAAAGCUUUCGAACAUCAAGUUCUUGCUUUCUCUACCUGUUGUGGCAAAUUCUGCUACCCGUUGGAACUGAUGGAGUCUGUACAUGUAACACUUCCUCAGAGGUGUUUUGGGUUCCUCUUGGAUAGAAAGUUGAGUGCCAUUUUAUGAGAUUCAAACUGGGUCUCAAAGGAACAUUUUAUCUGCUUCUGUUAUUGCGUCCACCUAGUGUUAUUCCCAAGAGACGUACCGAAGUAAUUUUCAAAUCAGUUUUCUUGUCAGUCCCAUAUUUUGAUACAAUGUCACUUUAACCUAAUGAAAGUGUAGGAAAAUCUGGCCAUGUAUUUUUUUAAGCUAAAAAUGACACUAUUUAUCAUUAACCUUGAGUGAAAUACACAGAUAUGUUACUGAACAUAAGAUUGAAGGUUAUUUUUCUUGUGUUAAAGAUGAGAGCCAUUUCUCUACUAACACUGACUUCCUGGGUCAAAUCAGCUGUUUUCCAAUUACAAACUCUUGCCGUAAUAAAGUCAAUGCACCUUUUUCAAAUUUCCCCCAAAGCCUGACUUUCCUCUCUGGAAACUAGAAUAUAUUAUAUUUUAAACGACAACCUAUGAGUAAAUUGUGAUUCAUCACAUCUGCUGUAUUUGUAGAGUAUAUUAUAUUGUCCAGAGUUCUCCAGAGUGUAGAUUUGAAUUGAAGCUGAUGUAGCUCACUGGCCAAAUAGUUUUCCAUAUAUUUUUACAUGUAUACUGUAUAUAUUUGAUUCCGAUUAUGAAGCUGCAUGUUGUGCGCUACACUAUAGAUGCCCCUUCGUAAUGACACUAUUUGGUCUUUUUCGGUACGCCUUAUAUCAGAUUUUGAAAGGUUUUUAUCAACUGGAGCUCAUCUUCAUUCUUUGAGCCGUUCUUUGGUAUAUAGCUUUACCUUUGCCGUCCCCGAAUAUGCCGGCUUACAAUCUAUUUCUUCAUGUGUCCCAUCCACACAUCCAGGGACUGUCGCUGUAGGCAUUACCCAUGAGGCAUUCCUCCAUCACGUUUCAACCCAAUGCAUUUAUCAUCAGAACACUGAACAAAUAUGAAAAAGCUGCUUUUGUUUGUUGUUUGAGGUUUUCUAAAGUCAGCAAGGCCAUUUCAAUGGCGUAAUAUCUGCACUCUAAAAAAUGCUAGGUUGAAAACAACCCAACUUGAGCGCUAGGUAAAUAUUGGACUGUACACAUGCUGGGUUACUUUGACCCAGCUGGUUGGGUUAACUGUUUUUACCAAACAUGCUGGGUUAUUUUUAUUCAAGUCAGCUAUUGUUUAAAAAUUAUUAUAUUGCUGGUUUAAAAUGGACUGGAACUUAUAAAAACACACAGAAUUACUAAUCAAAGAUGAACAUUUAUUAUUAAGAAAGAACACACGGACAAAAGACUAAUUGAUUUGGGUGUAUACAGCAUAGUUUACAUUACAUACAUUUAAACUCAGUACAUUAAUGAAUAAAAUCCAUUUAUUUUAUGCAAGGCAUGCAAAGCCGUUUCCAUCCUGACUGACAUCUCGUCCUUAUGUUGCGUUGCGUAAAAUUAUACAAUUUACAGCACAAUAAAGACUUUAGAAAUUAAAUGAAAUGUAUACAAACCUCUAUUUCGCUGAAGAAGUGCAAAUCGCCGGUGUUGAGAACUGCUCUCUCAUGUAGAGGACUCAAAAAGCCCGCGCUCUGACUGACUGCGACAGUGCGUUUCCACUACAGCGUCAAAUCUGCGCUCGGUGCCGCUGUUUUGGGGUGUGAAAUUUAGGGCAGAGCACGCCUCUGAAAACAAUGUUUACACCCUGUUUGCUUUUCAUCAUCUUCUUUUAACGGCGGUUCACAAACUAAACACUUUAUUGACAUCAUUUACGGCGCCAUAGCAUAUAAUAAAAGCAUACAAAGUACAUUUACUUUUGCAUGACUUGUUCAAUGAUAUGUGAUUUCAGCUCAGUAUUCCACCAGUUUCGCAAACACGCGGAAACAUGCGUCAAAAGCUUGCCUUGUCUACUUUUCACAGUGAUUGGUUGUCGCUUGAGAUUUUCAUGAAGUUGAGGAAUGCCCAACCUUUUUGACGCUCUCAGCCGUUCUCAACGCUUUCUCCGCGCCACUUUCAAUUCCAUGGCACCACGCGGAUGUUUAAGCUCAACUUCCAUAGGAAGAAGAAAGUAGUAGAAGAAAAUUACCCAGCACCUGGGUAAAAAAAAUAUUACAAACAACCCAAUAAUUUGACCCAACAAGUUGAACCCAGCAUAAACCAGCAUUUUUUAGAGUGUAGUUAACUGUAUAAUAUUACAUUAUUUGAUUUAUAUAGCGUUUACAUUUGGAGUAAAGGGAAAAAUCUUGGCUAUAAUCUAAAAGUACAAUGAAAAAUAGAAAAUAUUGAUUGUUGGAUCAGAUUCAAGCUGUUUGACUUAUACUGAUGAUGCAUCUACACUCGCUUUGCAGCAUAUCACAGAAACAUUUAUCAACACGUUUCACAAAAGCCAGAAAAAAAGUUUUUUAGCGACACUGAGAAAAGAUAUGCUGCAACUGCUUGCAAGCCAAAAAAUGUGCUGCGUUUGUAACAGUUUUAAGAUAAUUUUGAGCUAGUAAUGUUAUUUCAGCAGUUGUUUACAACAGAGAAGCCUUACAGGCUAGUAUUGAUGUACAUUUCAUGUUUUAAUGGGUCAUAUUUUUUUGACAUGGUAAUGUAAUCUGGGAUUGUUACAUGCUUAAAAAUGAUUUUCUAACCUGUGAAAUCCAUUUGACCUCAGUGAGGACUCCUUACUUGGUUUCCUAAAAGAAACUACACAUUACAGAUUUAAAAAAUGCUUUUUAUAUAUGAUAAAGGUUCGACAUGAUAAUAAGGGUGGACUGGCCUUUUAAAAGGCUCAUUUCUUUCAAAUUGAAAUCGGUCGGUGUAGAGGUGCAGAUGGCAAGCAGUUGUGCAGAUCGCUUGAAUUAAAUCAGUCCUUAUUUCCGCUUCAGACUAGCAGGGACGGGUCUGUUUUGCCUCAUGCCCACCCUUGUGCCACCAUAUGCCCUGUAUCUGCUCAGUUUUGCUGACAGGACUUGCCUGGGACUGUGGACAUAAGGAAAGCUACUGAAUCCUUAUUUAUUGAUAGUCACUGUAUGUUAUCACAUUUUUGUCCCCCAACAUUUAUUUAAUUUAUCCAUGCUUGGCAAUUUCAUAAACAUUCCAAGGAGAUCUAUUCCAUUUUAUUACUGUUUUGUUUUUUUCUUUUUGAUACAUGGGAGUAGAAAUAUUGGAAAUAAUUUUUUGUUUAGGUCCUUAUUAUUGUAUUACAUUAAAUGUGUUUGGUGUACCACUAGUAAAUAAAAGGUGCUCUCUUCUCGGUGACUUAUGUAAUAUUCCUGCUUUGAAAUAAUAUUAUUGUACAUCGCUGAAUGUGAAUAAUGAUUACUAAUAUAGCUGAGAAUAUAUUUGUUAUGAAUAUAUUACGCCUAUAUGCUGUAUAUCAGUGGACUGCUUCAGUUGUCACUAGAAGCAUACAUACUUCAUGUAUAAAAAGAUGGUUAUUGUACUCAUAAUUAAAGAGCUAAGAAAUAA